AGAAGAACGCACUCCUGCGGCCCGUUUUCUUGAUGUGCCUUUAAGUUGAACCGGCAACCAUCUCGCCUAUUUUUCUAAGAGGGAAUUAUAGUCAAAAGGUCUACUAAAUGGAAUGUAUCUGAGAUCAUAGCUAUUUUUCCAGUUCUAUAUUACGUAUCUGAGAAAUUGAAAUAUAUUGUUGACCUGGCCAUAUCUUCCAGUUCUACCUCAUGAAUGUUUAUGUUUUCGGCACAUGAAGCUUGAUGCCUACCUACUGCGACGUCCUCUCUACGAUAUACUAGAAAUCACACAGCCAACACAGGAUUCUUUGUUUGGAAGAAAACAUUACUACCCGAUUUGAAGUUGUUUUUGCAGUAUCUACAAUCUGUAAGAUCAUUACAAAGAACUUAGACCUAGUAGAAGAGCCUAUCUGUAACUGUAGGCUGCCACAAGAAUAGAAUAGUUAUAUGAAUAAUAAGUGAAGAAAAAGAAUUGUAACAAUAACUGAACAACAAGAUGAAGUUUUUUUGCAGCACUUCUUUGGUCCUCGUUUCUCUCAACAUCGGGUGCUUCCAGACCUUGAGGCAUGUUUUCGCCGCCGCCUCUUCUCGUGGAGAUGGUGCUGGUGGUGAUGGUGAUCGCAUGGUCGUGGAUGAUGAGGCCCCCUUGGAUGCGGGAUCGGGAUCAAACGAUGAACCACUACCAGAUGGACAAGAAGAAAUAAAAGAAGAAGACAAUGAUCAUCGAGUACAGGUGGAGCAGAUGCAAAGGAAGGAACCUGCUUUGCGUUUUUCAACUACAUGGAGGGGUGACCUCCAAGACAUAAUAGAGAAUUUCGACAAUGCAUCCUACGUUUCCGCCCUACCGAUGAAAAGCCUUAAUCACAUCGACAUGGAGGGCCUUCGCCAGGCUCUUGAUGAUGUUAUGACAAAAGUUUGACAGAAGUUUCUUUAUGACAAUAUCUGACGAGCCACUAUAAACGAAGUCCACGACACCUAUACCUGUAUAUAUAAAUUUAUGGGCAAGAAGGAAUAGACAUAAACGGAAGCCGCGCUCUAACCUCUCUUUGCUUUCUUUGGCGAUCGAAAAUCGAAAACGCGCACUGCCUCAAAAGUCGGGCCCAGAAAAGGCCUUUUUAGGGAAGACGCGAAGAAAAGCUGACCCUGACGAGCAUGAGGUGGAUAAGAAGCUGGAGGAGGAGACGAAACAGAAAGAGCUGGAACAAGAAGAGCGAAAGAAGUUGCAACGGCAGCUAGAAGAGAUCCGAGUCGAGAAGCACGAAAAGUAUCAGGAGUGGCUGGAACAUCACCCAAACGCGUUACAGCAAGGAGGGGAGAAAAAGAACGACGCCCCAUCGACAAGUGGUACUUGUUACGAUGGAAGUGAGGAACAAUUGACUUCGACAUCAAAUGGGAAGCGAAAGGCAGAGACUCGUCAAGCUCAAUCUGGCUCCAGUGACCACCAAGAAGAUACGUGGCCUCAUUGGACAAAGCUAACCCCUGACGGGCAGAGGCAGAAGCAAAAGGACGUAGAUCCACUUGAUGGGAGCUGGGAUUUGCUUGCCUCUGAGUGGCUCUUCUUCGAGAAAUUCAGUAUCGAUUUUUGUUUUUGACUUGGUGUUAAUAGAGAAGCACUUGAUGAUCUUGCCAAAACGUAGAUGAUGAUGAAGUUGUAUAAUUUUCCAUUUUUCGUCCAUGAUGAUGAUAGACAGGGGUCUGAAUUGUUCUGGUAUUUGGUAACCUGAUUUUGAUCAUAAGGACAAAAGGAAGAGAAUCCUUGUGAUCCAAAUCAGGUUACCAAAUACCAGAACCAUACGAGGCCAGAGUGAUUAGUGAAGUCAAUCAUGUGCUGGGCACUUCCAUGUCCUACGCAUAGUAAACUUAAUGCUUCUACAGGUCGUUCCAGUAGCUCGUAUGCGCUCGAACUCUUUAAUGGAGAACAAGUGAAAAAGCGUCCCCUCGAGCCAGACGCGACUCGGUCCCUCCACCACCUUGGGUCCAAUGCUGCUUCGCUUUCCCUCGUCAACGCUCUGCUGAACCACGAGAUUUACUACCCGAAAUUGAGGGCAUUGAUUAAGAGGGAGUUUCGGAAUUCUCGGGUUCCUACAUUCUUGGUCUAUGGGCAUCCGAACAUUCCUGGAUGCGCAGCAAACGGGACGAAUCACGAGAAGGGAUUGCUCAUUGAACUGGCGUUAUGACACCUUCUUGAAACGUUUCAAUCAAGUAAAUAUACAUCAUCUUCGUCUUCCUCUUCGUCUUCCUCUUCCUCUUCCUCUUCGUCUUCCUCUUGUUCGUCUUCCUCUUCGUCGUCAUCAGAGCUGGCAGAUGUUCAGGAUCGUCCAUCAUCACAGCCGGUAGAUGUGGAGGAUCUUCUUCUGCGGUUCGUCAGCCACGUCCUAGGUACUUUGUAGUAAGUGUUCACUGACUUCUCUUCUAAUCAAAGCACUAAAGGGACGCAGGCUCGCCACCGUAGAGGAGUUUCUGUCUCUUCUUCUGCACGAGCUGGUACACAAUUUCUACGGCCAUGGAGAGGGUGCGAGAAACGAAGAAAAUUUUAUGAAGCGAUCAUGAACUUGUUCUACUUUGCUUGGAUAUUUUCUAGCAGUCUAUCAUUGGCUAGCAUACCAACCCCUAGACUAUACGAUGACAAAUAUUGUUCUUCUUGAUCUUGUAGGUGUAGCUCUAGGUGUUGAUGUAAAUUUGACGCCGUUCUUCUGGCAGUCUGCACUGAUCUUUGUGCGAGAUCUACUGCAUUUCAUUUAAAAGUAGCACACCAAGACUGAGUACUAGGACACUAGUGCUUGGACUUGGUUGAAAAAAGACUCAGUAAUAGUGGAGUUAUCGCUGAAUGUCGUUUGGUCGUCCGAUACACUCCUGGUCUUAUUUGUCUAGUUAUCUGCAGAGAGAAGACCCACAGAGAAGAUCUAUUAUAUAGCAGAGACAGGCUUCCGUCUUCCGAAGCCUGGCUUCGGCCGCCUUUGAAGAGAAGACCUCCAGGGCAGUUGGACGGGCUAGCGGCGCCUAGAAUAGACGGAUCCUAGCAUAAACAUGGCCACUAGGUAUUUGCCUCGCAUAACGAUAACGUGGCCCCUGGUCUUAAUAUUUGUCUGAUCUAUUAAGUUUAAGUAUAUAGAGACCACACUGCCUCCCCAUCCUGUUCUUGUUCUAAGAUCCUGAACUUUUGGAUGACCUUUGGGGAAUGGAAAACGGAGGUUAUGGGAGCCACUACAGACGAGGACGUCUCGGACGCACUUCGUAGUUUGGAAAGCGAGUUCCCAAACGACGACCACGACAUCCGUGAGAAAUAUGAUCCUUCCGCAGAUGAGUGGGACACGUCUAAAAAAAGCUCGACAAGCAACGUUCAUUACCCUGGUGAUGACCGACAUGGACCCGGUGACUACUUUGCCUACAGUUCUUCUUUCGGCAGAGGACCGCCACCGCCUCCGGCUGGAGGAGCGGUUCGGAUCGGGGGACGAAGGGCAAGAGGUCCUGGGCUUGCAUAA